AGUCCUAAAAACGCUAAAAACGAAGAAACUGCAGUGCGGGAGUGCUGACACGUACAUCUUCCUGUUCUCGCGUGAAAUUUGCCAAAAAUUUACCGCUAUCCGGGUCGAAAAUUGUUCUGAAAAUCCGUUGGUCGUAAUGGUGCGCGUGUGAUUUACCGGCUACCGGUGGAAUUUCGGGCGUUCUGUCGCGAAAUAGUGUCGAAAAGUUGUAUAGAGUUUUGCUGUGCCGUGGUGCGUUGCGUGUGUGACCGGAGGAAGAAAAACAAGCAGAAGCAACAAGGGCUGCGAAAUGGAUGAUGCACUGCUUGCGGUUGUUUUGAUUGCGCUGGUGGCCAGCGCACUAGCGGGGAACGGUGAGGACAUUGUAAAUUCCGGUGGUCCGCAGAUGGUGCGGCUGCUGGAGGAACCGGCCUGCCCGCGGUUGCGGGAGUUAUGCCCCAACGCGGCCAAGGGGAUGGAGGACCUGAAGGCGCUGGAGUGUGUGCAGAAUUUGUCCCAGGAGCAGGUGGACGCCUUGUCGGAGGAUUGCCAGCAUUUGAUUUGGAGCCACACGUUGACCCUGAUGGAUGAUCAGAACAUCCAGCGGUUGGUGCAGAAAGGUUGUCCCAAACAUUACGACAAAUUCCCUUGCACCGCCCAGCAUGAUCCGGGUCAGUACCUGGCCUGUGUGAUUGACCAUCGGGACCUGGUCAAGGGUAACGGCUGUCGAGAAUUCAUCCAACGGCUGGAGUACGUAGCCUUUUCCGAUUAUCGAUUGAUCGGUUCCUUUCUGAAGGAUUGCACCAGAGACAUUGAAAGCCUUAGUUGCGGACGGAUCAGCAACGACAACCGGAAGGUCUCUCAAGGAGAGACCAUAUCGUGUUUGCAGAACCAGCUGGACCGGUUGAACGGGGACUGCAAGAAGGGCGUUCUGCAUCUGUCGGAGAUUCAGUCGGACGAUGUGAAGCUGGAUCGCCAGUUGUUCUUGUCCUGUGCCGUUGAUGCGAUCAGGUUCUGUCCGUCGAUUCCUCCGGGGUCACAGAUGGUGCUGCGUUGUUUGAUGAAGAAUCGGAACGACGUAACAAUGACCGAGCAUUGCCAGAAGCAGCUGAUGCGAAGGGAGAAGCUGAUAGCUCACGAUUACAAGGUUAGCAAAGGGCUGACCAGGGCAUGCAAGGAGGACAUCAAGCUGCAUCAUUGUCGGCGGGGGGUUUCCGACGAUAAGGACGUCCGGUUGGCACAGAUUCUGCUGUGUUUGGAAGCGAUCCAAAAGAACAACACCAAGCUGAGUCAGGAUUGCGUGGCGGAAAUCAACGACCACCGCCGGAUGCUGAUGGAGGAUUAUAAACUGUCGCCGGAGAUUUUGACCGGUUGUGCGGAUGACAUCGACAAGUUCUGCAGUAAUCUGGAUGCCGGGGGUAAGACGAUUCACUGUCUGAUGGAGCAUGCCCGGCCCAAGAAGAAGAAGGAACGUCGCGUGACGGAGGUGUGUCAGCGCGCGUUGGAGACGUUGGUGAAGGUGGCCGACGUUGGAGAGGAUUGGCGUGUGGAUCCGGUGUUGAGGAAGGCUUGCAAACCGGUGGUGGAUGUGGCCUGUUCCGAUACGGAAGGCGGCGAUGCACGGGUCAUGUCCUGUCUGAUGGAAAAGAUUGGGACGAACUUUAUGAACCAGGAGUGCGAGACUGCGCUGCUGGAGAUUCAGUACUUCGUCGCCAGGGAUUUCAAGCUGGAUCCGCAACUUUACAGAAACUGCAAGGACGACGCCAUCCGAUUCUGCAAGGCGAAGAAAACCUGGGCCGAUCUGGAAACGGGUCAGAUGGACCCGGAACGGGGACCCCUUAUUCUCCCAUGUCUGCACCGGUACGCCUACCAUCCGGAAAAGGAAAUGCAACUCAAGCCGGAGUGCUUCCACGAGGUCAAGCGGGUUAUGCGUCAACGAGCCCGAUCCGUCGAUCUGAUCCCGGAGGUCGAGGACGAAUGCAUCGACGAUCUGGCCUACUUCUGUUUCGACAAAACCGGCAAAGGCGAAGAAAUGCUCUGUCUGCAGGAAAACCUAGAAAAGUUACAGCAAAAAUGCAAGGAUGCAGUCAGCAGUUUUACCGAGGAGGAAGCGGCUCACAUCGAGCUGAAUCCCGUGAUCAUGACCGUUUGCGGCGAUGCCAUGCAGCGCCACUGCGCGGAAAUCUUGAAAACCGGCAAAGACGAAGGCGACAUGAUGGAGUGCCUGAUCUCGUACAAAAACGACGCCGACAUGCGAAACGACGUCAAGUGCCGGGCCGCGAUCGAGCACUUCCAGAUCAUCACGCUGAAAAAUUACCACUUUACGUACAAGUUCAAGGAAGCGUGCCGGCCGUACGUGGCCCGGUUCUGUCCGCACAGCAACACCAAGUACGACGUGGUGGCCUGCCUCAGCGAGGUGAUGCGUAACGACACCAUCAAGGGGGCGAAGCACUCGAUUCCGAAGGAGUGCCGGCAGCAGGUUAGGGCUCAGCUACUCCAGCAGCGUGAGAAUAUCGACUUUGAUCCGAAACUGAAGGCCGCCUGCCGGGAGGAGAUCAACUCGUUCUGCUUCAACGUGCCGCACGGAUCCGGUCAGGUGAAUAGGAACAAUGUCUUGGAGUGCCUCCAGACGCACCACGGCAAGUUGGGCGAACAGUGCCAACACGCGCUGUUCACCAUCAAGAAGUCCGAACUGACCGACAGUUCCACCGACUACAUCCUGAUGAGCACCUGCAAGGACAUGAUCCAUCAGUACUGUCGGGACACCGAACCGACGGCCGUUCUGGGCUGUCUCAAAAUCCACAAGGACGAGAACCUGUUUGACGGCCGGUGCCAUCUGGUGGUGAUCAACCGGAUGAUCGAGCAGAACAUGGACUACCGGUUCAAUCCGAUGCUGCAGAGUGCCUGCGCCCGGGACAUUGCCGAUCACUGUACCGACAUCGUGGCCAGUGCCAAGGUUAAUGAGGAAUUGAACGGAAAAGUAGUCGGAUGCUUGAAGAUUAAGUUCCGGGAGGGGAAGUUGCACACGGACUGCGAGAAGCAGAUGACGGAGGUUCUGCAUGAACAGGCGCUGAACUACAAGUUGAAUCCGUUGUUGCAAAGUGUGUGCAAGGACGAAAUUCAGGUUCUGUGCAGUUCGGGGGAUGGUACGCCGGAGGAAGAUCACGGCAUGGUCGAGGAAUGUCUGAAGCAAGCGUUCCUGCAGAAGCGGAUCAUAAACCAGGCAUGCAAAGUGGAGGUGGCGGAGUUGAUCCAGGAGGGUAAGGCCGACAUCUAUGCGGAUCCGAUGUUGCAGCGGGCGUGCGCUGUGGAUCUGCUCAAGUAUUGUUCCAACGUGCAAAGCGGGAAUGGACGACUGCUCAAAUGCUUGGAGGUGAUUCUGCAGGACGAAUCGAAAGCACUGGACGACGAGUGCAAAACGACACUAACGAAGCGAAUGGAGAUGUUCCGUAACGCUGCUGUGGUGAUACCCCAGGCGGAGAACCUCAGCCAGCUGUACACCCAGGUGGUGGAUUCGCCCUCCAAACACUACUUCCUGCUGGUGCUGUUCGGUUGCGUCAGCAUCGUCUUCAUUUCCGGGCUGCUGUGCGGUCGCGUUUCCCGGCGAACGAUCGCCCUCAAGAACAAAUAGUCACGGUGGUGCCGAUCGGUGCUCCGGCGCCGAAAUGCCGCUGCUAAACCCUUGCUGGUCGCUUAUUUGUAAGUCUUCCCUUCCUUGUUUAUCGGUUUGCGGCGGCGGCAGUCCGGGGAAGGAACAGAGGAGGAUAUGCCAAUAGUGUGAAUUCAAAACGGACAAACUGUAAGGUCUCUGCGCUGGUAAGUAUCUAAAGUGGGAACGACGAUGAGCCAACCCAUGUCUGCCGUUGAAUUUUUGUGUCUGUGUUAAUAGGACUUCGUACGAUUAUAGUUUUAGUACUGUGAAAAUUUUGGCCGCUGUUCAAUUUCCGGAACGGAUCUCGGAUCGUCAACUACUAUACAAUCCUGGUUGCCCUCUGUGGUACGAUACAUACUGAAAAUGAGCCACUGGCUUUGGAUUUGUUCUGAUUUCGAAAAAAGCUAAGUCUAUAGAAUUAUGCUACAAUAAAUUGUACGUACAUAGUUUUGCGACUCCAAAGCUGUUGUUGACUCAUUUUUAGUAUGUCUCGCCUAUGAUAUCAUUUGUAAAAUAUUAGUUAGAUGUGUUUUUUCGAAAGCUGAUUGAACGACGAAUGUGAGAGCUAGCUCGUGAAGUGUUUUCACAUGUUUUUGUAGUAGGUAUGAAAUUCUGAGACCCUCCCCAUCCUCCACCAAUCAUCGUGACUAUAUCCCAAUCCCAAGUUUUACUUAUACUAGAGCAAAAAAAAACUAUAAAAGCAAAAAUUUGUGCAACUUAACGUGAAAACUUGAAAGAAAUCAGAGAGCAACUAAUAAGCGAAUGCCGAUGGCAACAUUAUAGAAGACAUUUUUUAUAAGUAGAUUUAUUAAUAUACAUAAAACGUAAGGAUCAACAGUAAUACAGAGAGUGAAGUAAA